CCAAAGAAGGUAAUACACAAAACAUUCUAUAUUUAUCCACUACUUCGCUAUAUUUGAUGAAACGUGAUCAAAGCUCUUACCAUUAAUACACCAAAUAAUUGACUUGUUGAAAAAGAUGUAAUGACAUUUAUUGGUCGGACAUUUCACACACAUAACAUUUGUAAUCGUCCACUGCCGAACGUCUAUAAAGUGGUUCAAUUCUUCAUUCUGUAUUUUCCCCAUUUUCCAUCCAACUGCAGAACAACCUAGAAACAUCACCAUUGACGUAUUUCGCAAGCUUCUACCAUGGCUAAAAUAGAAAAUCUUCCACCAAUUCUGGAUUCCACUUCCGAGAAACCUACUCAAUUCGAUGGAAAACCUAGGCUGUACACUGCCUAUACAUGCCCUUAUGCCCAGCGUGUCUGGAUUGCUAUGAAUUACAAGGGGUUGCAGGAUGAAAUUCAAUUAGUCCCCAUUAGUUUAAAUGACAAGCCUACUUGGUACAAGGAUGUUUACCCACCUGCCAAGGUGCCUGCUUUGGAGCACAACAAUAAAGUUACAGGAGAGAGCCUCGAUUUGCUGAAGUAUUUGGAUACUCACUUUGAAGGACCAAAGCUUUUUCCUGAUGAUCCUGCUAAAAAUGAAUUUGCUGAAGAGAUGAUGGCUUAUGCUGGCACUUUUGGGGGUGCUACUGUCUCUUAUCUCAAAGGGGGCUCUGAAGGUGAUUUGGUUGCUGCAUUGGAUAAAAUAGAAGAGGCUCUUUCUAAAUUUGAUGAUGGGCCUUUCUUCCUUGGCCAAUUCAGUGCGGUGGACAUUGCCUUUGCUCCUUUUGUAGAGAGGUUCCAGCCACUGUUGCUAGAGUUGAAGAACUAUCAUAUUACAUCUGGGAGGCCCAAGUUAGCUACUUGGAUUGAGGAACUGAACAAAGUUGAUGGGUAUAUCCAAACCAAAUGGGAUAUUAAUGAACUCACUUCAUCCUUCAAGAAGCGUGUAUUGGGUCUGUGAACCAUGUAUGACGAACUUUGAGAUGCAUCAAUAGCUACUUUUUCCAUGAAGAAAGGAUAGAUUAAAGAAUCUGCUGUAUCACAAGUUUUUAUUUGUAUUCAACUUAUUGGUUAUGAAGAAAGGAUAGAUUAAUGACCUUGCUUGGAAAACUUGCUCAAAAUGUGAUACAACUCUAAUUCUUUUUUAUGCUCUUAGUUUUAUACUUAAAAGAGAAAUUCACUAAAA